AUGAGCGAGAAAACGUGCCCUUUGGUACCACCGCGCGGCCAGGAAUGGAGUUAUUUAAGAGGAGGUCUUACAACUGUGGAUCGUGACUAUGGCUGGAUCAACAACCUUCACCAUGACAUUGGAACUCACGUUAUCCAUCAUCUCUUCCCUCAAAUCCCUCACUAUAACCUUGUUCAAGCGACAAAGGCAGCAAAAGGAGUUCUUGGAGAGUAUUACCGUGAGCCAGAGAGAUCUGCACCAAUUCCAUUUCAUCUAAUAAAGUAUUUGGUGCAGAGCAUGAGAGAAGACCACUUUGUGAGUGACACUGGAGACGUUGUUUAUUAUCAGACUGAUCCUCACUUGCACCAAGACUGACUUCAAAUUUUGGUCCAUCUAUUGUUUUCUAGCUACUCAACUUACUUCUUUCUUCGAUGUUACAUUUUGGAGUUUAACGUUUUCUGAACAACUUGCAUAGAGAGAGACAGGAUUAUAGAGUGGGGCUCAAUGGAAUAAUACUAUUUCAAAUUAGUGUGGUAAUAAAUAUUGAACUGUCAGUUUUCAUUUCUCA